CGCAGGCGGCCCGCGCGCCGGCCGCCCGUUGCCCUGGCAACCGUCGUGCCGCGUCUUCCUGAGGGAGCUCCUGUCAGCCGGCUGAUCCCACCACCCGCUCCCUACUGCCCCGCUGUUUUCACGUGGGCUCCGAGACUGAGGGACAACAAAAAUGGCGGAGCGAAGCCAGACGGCGCCUGAGGCAGGUAAUGAUAUGGGAAAUGAUGAUGCCAUCGGAGGGAAUGUGAGCAAAUAUAUAGUGCUUCCAACUGGAUACUGUGGACAGCCCAAGAAAGGACAUCUUAUCUUUGAUGCUUGCUUUGAAAGUGGUAACCUGGGCCGGGUGGACCACGUCUCUGAGUUUGAGUAUGAUCUGUUUAUUAGGCCGGACACCUGUAAUCCACGCUUCCGAGUCUGGUUCAACUUUACUGUUGAAAAUGUGAAAGAAUCACAGCAUUGGUACAUCCCUCAGCUUGCCUGCUGGAUCCAGGAACCCACUAACUCCUAAGAAGUAGGGCCGAUUACUUUUCAAACAAGAGAAUCAUCUAUCCUCAUUAUGUUCUUGCUAUUAAUAGAGACUUAGCAGAAGCUCUGAAAUUAUACUGUUUUUUUAACUUUGGGUCACAUUAAAUUCCUGUCACAGUUUUUCUUUCAGUUUAGUAUCUAUAAAGAUUAUCUUUAUGGCCGGGCACGGUGGCUCAUGCCUGUAAUCCCAGCACUUUGGGAG